GGGACAGAUACAGACCGGAAAUAAGUGACGGACCAAGUGGGAGUGGCGGACUUUGUUUCUCCUGCAGAAAAUAUCAACAACGUUAUAUUACCUGUUAUACAUUCACAACGUCAGAGUCACUUCACGUUACAUGAAACAAUAAAUUAGACGCACCCGUGAUUUAUUUAUUGAUCUGUCUGGAUAAAAUACUGCUGUUUUUUGCGAUGAUGGCGGAGGCAGCGGGAGGUUCUUCAGAAAUGGUCACAGAGACCGUGCAGCAAGACACUCAGCCGCAACAGCAAGCAGAGAGCCGCAGUCUGACCAUCAAGUUGAGAAAACGGAAAACAGACAAGAAGGUGGAGUGGUCAAGCGACACGGUGGACAACGAGCAUCUGGGCCGACGGUCAUCCAAAUGCUGUUGUAUCUAUGAAAAGCGUCGCGAGUUUGGGGAGAGCUCCACGGAGAGCGAGGAUGAGGAGGAUGGCUGCGGCAACGCCCACUGUGUCCGGGGGCACCGCGACAAACACGGCAACAUGCAGAAAACACCAACGCCCACACCGCAACCAGAGCCAGCGCCAAGCCAGGGGGGCGAGCACAGCCACGGGCAGCACUCUCACUGAGAGAGGGGAGAGGAGGAGGAGGAGGGGGCAGUGCACUCACUGAGAGAGAGGAAGAGGAGGAGGGGCAGGGUUUGGACAGAGAGGAGAGAAGUCCACACACAGAGAUAGGAGAGAGUGGGGUCACACUCCCAAAACCACUGAGAGAGAGAGAGAGAGAGAGAAGAGGUCCUUCCAUACCAAAGUCAAGACAGUUUCACAGAAUAACGAAAUGAUCAGGGCUUGUUGGUUAGUCUGUCAUACUCUUGUCUCCCAAAUCAGUUUCCUAUUACUUUUCGGUCUAUUGAGUGUUCACUUACACAAGUGCAAAUAAAUGGUAGCAGUUUAGCAGUGGGGGGCAUAGUUGCACAAUUUAACAGUGACGUGGGGAAGAAUGAGUCUGCAUAAGUGGUCUAAGGCAGUGGUUCGCAUUUGUAUAUUUCUCAAAAGUGCUUAUUAUUCCAAAAAUGCAAGCAAAAUAAACAGAGAUCAGGUUAGCAGAAGCUGAGAGCCCAGAGUCAGAAGUAGAUUGUAAUGACUGUAAUUCCCCGUGCCAAUACAUCAGUAUUGCAGUCCUUUAAAUUGUGUUUGUGCUCAUCACUGACACAGAACACAUAAUCUUGUGGGCACAGGUUUGUGGAGCACCAGUGUAAGGCGUCACAAGUGUGUUGGACUACUUGAAAAGCUCUGAGCGUAGGGUCUGCACACAUCCAGUUAAUUCAUGACUCAAAAACCAUUUCAAGUCGCUCUGUGUUCAGUGCUUUGUGGACACCCAUCACAGUAGGAGAUACAAUGCAAUUAACUGCAUGGUGUAUAUGAUACACAAUUAAGCAUUUCUACCCUACUGCGCGAUGAGACUGAGCCCCACCCUCCUCCCCACAUUGCGGUUUUUAACAUUAAACCUGUGGGGAACACGUCGCUGAACCCCAAGUUUGACACUAGCACCCCAUUCUCAGUUUUUGCACCCGCUCCACAUUUCUAUUUCAAAAUGUAUGCAAGCAAUUCACUUGAUUGCAGAAUAUUUAUUUUCUCCUCCACUUCAACGUAAAUGAACGAGGAGACUGGUUUACUGUUUAAUCGCAUUCAGUAUAAUAGCAUCCAAAACAGGAAUGUAAAAUAUAUAUAUAUGAACAAAUAAUCAAAUACAUGAAUGAGCCUGCAAUGUAAUACAGAAUGUAUGAGACCUGGGUAUGAGGUUAUAAUUAUACUUUUUUAAUGCAUUUUUCUGUAAUAAUAAAUUGAUCAGAUCCA